AGCACUGGAUGAGAGCACGGACGUGCAAGACACAGCGCAACUGCUCAUUUUUAUUCGUGGAGUUAGCGCAAACUUUGAGAUAUGCGAGGAGCUGGCAGCCCUCCAAAGUCUCAAAGGGACUACAACGGGAGAGGAUAUUUUUGACAAAGUGUGCCAAACCAUGGAGAAGUUGGACCUGGACUGGUCAAAGCUAGCUAGCAUCACGACUGACGGGGCUCCUAGCAUGGUGGGCGAAACUCGCGGUCUAAUAGGACGCAUGAACCGGGAGUUGGAAAAAAGGGGUCUCACCGCCCCGCUACGAGUCCACUGCCUAAUUCACCAGCAAGCACUGUGCUGCAAAGUGUUGAAGUGGGAUUCUGUAAUGAAGGUUGUGGUGUCGUGCAUAAACUUCAUCAGAGCAAAGGGACUUAAACACAGGCAGUUCCAAGAAUUCCUGUCUGAACUGGAGUCUACGCACGGAGAUGUGCUGUACUACACAGAGGUCCGAUGGCUGAGCCGGGGCAGAGUUUUGAGGCGUUUUUACGAGCUGCUACCCGAAAUUAACGCAUUUCUUCAUUUAAAAGACAAAACGGUCCCAGAGCUGAUCGACCCAGAAUGGAAAUGGCACCUCGCAUUUUUAACAGACGUGACAGAAAUAAUUAACAGCCUUAACUUGCAGCUACAAGGCGAGGGGAAACUCAUUUGCGACAUGUAUUCACACAUAAAAGCAUUUGAGGUGAAAUUAGCGCUGCUUUUGGAACAAGUGAAAAAGCGCAACUUCGUCCAUCUUCCUGCUACCCAAAACCUGUCGACAGAGAACCCAGCGGUCCCGUUCCCAGCUGAAAAGUGCGUGGAAGCACUGGAAAUGCUGAAGGCGGAGUUCGGUGUGCGAUUCAGUGAACUACAUGUUCAUGCAAAAGAAAUCCGUCUUUUUCAGAACCCCUUUGUUGCCGACAUUGAUGAAGCCCAGCCUUCAUAUCAGUUUGAGUUGGCUGAGUUACAGAACUGUGAUGUUCUGAAAGACGCAUUCAAGCCCAACAGUCUCAUUGACUUCUAUGCCGCCCUCCCAAACGACACAUAUCCAAACAUCAAAAAACACGCAAUGAAAAUGUCCACAGUUUUUGGCAGCACGUAUAUCUGCGAGAAAACCUUUUCUCGCAUGAAACUGCUGAAAACCCCGAUGAGAUCAAGAUUGACAGAUGAACAUUUGCAUCAGUGCUUGAGACUGGCUGAAAGUAAUAUGGAACCUGAUAUUCUACUUCUCAUCCGCCAGAUGCAGGCCCACAGUUCACACUGAUGAACAUACAUAGGGAAGUUGAUGAGAGAGAGCUGCAAACAGCGGUGUCUACAAGCCUACUGGAACCUACAAAAGGAUUAUAAGGAAGGAACACAAGAACUUUAAGAGACUGCUCAUAUGUGUCAGAGAGAUUCUGCUCUGACAACUGAGCUGAACUUUUAUCUGUUAAGAUUGUGCAUGGCACGACAGAAAGUUAAUGUUCCAUGGCUUUUUUUUCUAUGAAGAACCCAGAGAGAGUUAUUUAGUUAUUAUUUAUUUCCUGUUUUUUCUAUGAAGAACCCAGAGAGGGUUAUUUAGUUAUUAUUUAUUUCCUGUUUUUUCUGUGAAGAACUCAGAGAGGGUUAUUUAGUUAUUAUUUAUUUCAUUAAUAGUGUUAUUAUUUGUUUCCUGACUUUUUUUCAGUAAAGAACCUGGAAAGGGUUAUUUGGUUAUGUGUGGCUUUCUGGAAAACAAUACAUUUUUUAAGCUCCCCUACGAUCGUCACACUUUUUCUGUUACAAACUGACACCGGCCCCCCAGCAGAGAAGGGAAAAGUUAUGUGGCCCUCACAGGAAAAAGUUGGG